UCCAAAUCUAAUCAAGCUUUUUCAUUUUGUACAUUUCGUCUGCAUCGACUCUCACUCGACUUGACGUACGCGACACACGUGGGCUGUGAAAUUUCAAUUCAACAUGAGACCUUUAACUGAUGAAGAAACUAAAAUCUUUUUUGAAAAACUCACAAAAUACAUCGGCGAAAAUGUGAGACUGCUGAUUGACAGACCAGAUGGAGCCUAUUGCUUCCGACUUCACCGUGACAGAGUAUUUUACAUCUCUGAGAAGCUUCUCAAGCAUGCAGUUUCCAUCGAUCGUGACCACCUUAUGAGUAUUGGUACAUGUUUUGGAAAAUUUACAAAGACCAGGAAGUUUCGUCUUCACAUUACUGCAUUAGAUUACUUGGCUCCUUAUGCUCAGUACAAAAUUUGGCUUAAACCAACAGCUGAACAGCAAUUUGUUUAUGGCAAUCACAUUAUGAAGUCUGGACUUGGCAGAAUUUCUGACAGUACUGCUAAAUAUCAAGGAGUUGUAGUUUAUAACAUGGCUGAUAUUCCUUUGGGCUUUGGAGUUGCAGCCAAGGCUACAUCAGAGUGCAGACAUGCUGAGCCCAUGGCUAUUGUAUGCUUUCAUCAAGCCGAUGUCGGAGAGUAUAUCCGUGCAGAGGACACACUUGUAGGUUAAACUUUGUAACACUCACAAGUGAAUACCAAUAAAUUGUUGUUUUAUAAGUG